AUGGUACCGAGACCUAUUCUUCUAUGUCUCGUGGUGUCCGUGUGGUUGGGGACAGUGUCCACUACCGCACAGUAUGGCGUGGUCAAGGCCAGAUUUACCCGGAAUAACGAACUCUCCUUCCCGGGGAAGAUAUUGGUGAAUCAUGUUAUCAAAGAGUUUAGCACCAAGUUUCAGGUGACACACUGUGCCAUGGAGUGCUUCCUCAACAUCCGGUGCCAGUCCUUUAACUUUGACGCCAGUAUCCGGUCGUGUCAGUUAAAUGACGCGUCACAAAUCGAGUACCCCCAAGAUCUGAAGAACACAAGUACGCCGACCGCUGAGUAUCACCUACGGAAUGCGUUCUCUUUGGAUUCGAAAGCCGUUGGUCCCUGUGGAAAUUUCCCAUGUCAGAAUGGCGGUCGUUGUCUCGACACCCAAACUAUCAGUGGAGAAAGGACAUACCUGUGUCUCUGUGCAGACGGAUGGACCGGUACCAACUGUGACGUCAGAGCUCACCCUAUAGAGUGGUCUGAUUGGUCGGAUUGGGGCACGUGUUCAGCCACUUGUGGAAACAGCAGACGACAUCGUAUUCGCCAAUGUAUGGACAAGGAGACCGACACGUCCGUGGACGCCAGGCACUGUUUUGGGCCUGAAGAAGACUUUGGAUUUUGUCCAUUUAAGAAAUGUCCAAUUUGGGAUAACUGGGGAGAGUGGAGUGAUUGCUCCACUAACCACACUUGUGGGCGUGGCACCAAGGAAAGAUCAAGAACGUGUUUACACAAUGGUGUACCGGGCGUGGAUCGUUACUGCAAAGGGGACGCAAUCCAGUAUGGUACCUGUGAAGGCAUCGUUUGCCAAAGCGCUGUGCGGCUUGUCAAUGGUAUUGAAUUCGGGGAAGGUCGUGUGGAGAUGUGGAAUUCGAUGACUCGGAUGUUCUACCCAAUUUGUGAGGAUAAUUGGAACAUGACAUCUGCCGAAAUAGUGUGUAGACAGAAUGGAUUUCUGGGGGCAUUCGCUGUUGUAAAGAACUCUUCAUACGAGGAGGUAGAAGACGCCUCUAACUUCCUGACUGCAUCAUGCGAAGGAGAUGAAAGAUUUCUCCAGGAAUGUCCACGGCAGAUGACAGACGACUGCCCGGGGUCAGCCGGGGUCAAGUGUAGAGUGAAAGGUGCGUGGGCUCUUUGGGUGGAAUGGAGCGUAUGCUCAGUCACGUGCGAAGAUGGAAUAAGAACAAGAACUCGGACAUGUGACUACCCGCCGCCUAAUCACGGAGGAGCGCCUUGCCCAGGAGAAGAUAUUCAAUACAAACCCUGUACCGAGAUUAUGUGUCCAGUGGAUGGCUAUUGGUUGACUUGGUCUGAUUGGUCAUUAUGCUCUGUGACGUGUGAAAAUGGAACACAAUUCCGGACAAGGGUCUGCAAUGAACCUCUUUACGACGGAAAACCCUGUGAAGGUCCAAAACAAGAGAACAGAGAUUGCUUUCCUCGCGAAUGUCCAGUGGAUGGACAAUACGAACCCUGGAACGAGUGGAGUUCAUGCACGUCUACAUGUGGCUACGGCACGAGAUACAGGAAUCGCACGUGUAAUGAGCCGCUACAUGGCGGUGCAGGAUGUCCAGGCGUGCCAUCAGAGAGUGAAGUCUGUAAUGCUUUCUCGUGUCCAGUGGAUGGUUCCUGGAAACAGUGGACCAUGUGGUCUGACUGUUCUGUAACAUGCGGCACUGGAAGCUCCAAUAGGUCACGUGAGUGUGACGACCCUCUUCACGGCGGAUUGGACUGCCCCGGACCUGCCAACCAAACCAGGGUGUGCAAUGACUUUCCCUGUCCAAUCGACGGUAUCUUCAAUACCUGGGAGGAAUGGAGCGACUGUUCUGUCACCUGUGCCAACGGAACACGUGACCGACACAGAACCUGUUUUGGCCCCUUUCACGAAGGAGAAAACUGUACAGGAGCUUUCUAUGAGAAGGAGGUCUGCGUAUCAUUGAGUUGUCCAGUUGACGGUGUAUGGAAGGAAUGGUCUGAAUGGGACACGUGCAAUGUCACGUGUGGAGGUGGUGGACAAAGACGCUACAGAGACUGUGAAGGACCCUUCUUCCAAGGUGCCGAAUGUGAAGGUCCAUCAAUGGAGCCGAGAGAUUGUAACAUGCAUAAUUGUCCAAUCAACGGAGUCUGGACGGUGUGGUCAAACUGGACGAUGUGCAGUGUGACUUGUGGGGGAGGUUUACAGGACCGAGAGCGUACGUGCGAAGGGCCCUAUUAUGGUGGCGACAACUGUACCGGCGAAGAAACACAGGAACAAGAAUGCAACACGCAUAAUUGCCCAGUGGACGGAUUCUGGGAGUUAUGGUCCAACUGGACCACGUGUAAUGUCAGCUGUGGAGGAGGCAUGACGUGGCGAACACGUGACUGUGUAGAACCGUUAUAUGGCGGUUCGCCAUGUAACGGAACCGAUAUGGAGGUCGACGAUUGUAAUACACAGGAAUGUCCCAUUGACGGUAUCUGGGAGAUGUGGUCUAACUGGACCGACUGUAGUCUCACGUGCAACAAUGGUACGCAAACGCGCAACCGCACGUGUAACGGACCAUUCCACGGUGGUGCCAAUUGUGAAGGACCACAUGACGCUAUGCGACUUUGUAAUUCCUUCUUCUGCCCAGUGGACGGUGUGUGGGACACCUGGUCGGAUUGGACAGAUUGUUCUCACUCUUGUGGGCGUGGCAGCAAGCACCGUCAGAGAGAAUGUAUCGGUCCGUUCCACAACGGGUCGGAGUGCGAAGGAUCGACGGAUGAGACUAUGUUCUGUAACCCCUCCAACUGUCCGGCUGAUGGCGUAUGGCUGCCAUGGGCUACAUGGUCAGCAUGUGACGUCACCUGUGGAUUUGGAACUAAAUAUCGAGAACGUCAGUGUGACGGUCCUUCAGACGGUGGAAAAAACUGUACUGGAGAUUGGCAAGAAUCUGAUAGAUGUUUCCAAGCAAACUGUCCAGUGGACGGUAUCUAUACAUCAUGGACGGGUUGGUCUCAAUGCCCAGUGAGCUGUGGUGGCGCCCAAGAGGUUAGAAGCAGGACUUGCUUUGGUCCCUACUUUGGGGGUCUGGAUUGUCAAGGUGACGAUUCAGAGGUCAGAAACUGUAACAUCGAACCCUGUCCAGUGGACGGGGACUGGAGUUUGUGGUCGAUGUGGGACGUAUGUACCCAAACAUGUGGAGGCGGAACCAAAUACCGCUAUCGUAUUUGUUCCUUUGGUGCGCAUGGUGGGUCCAAUUGUACCGGACCGCCAGAAGAGUUUGCUCCAUGUAAUGAGCAAGACUGCCCCAUUGAUGGUCUAUUCAACGAAUGGAUGGAGUGGGGUGCAUGUUCCGAGAGCUGUGGAGACGGACUGCGUCUGCGUGAACGAACAUGUGACGGGCCGUACAAUGGUGGAUUGAACUGUUCCGGGUCGUGGACUGACGUUGGGGACUGUAACUUACGACCAUGUCCUGUCGACGGUAACUUCACGGAGUGGAUGGACUGGUCUGAGUGUAGUCUCACAUGUGGAGGUGGCAAUCGAACCCGAGAACGGGAAUGUGUGGGAACUAUGUACGGCGGAAAACUGUGUGAAGGACAAUACAACCAGACCGAAGGGUGUAAUUCCCAUGAAUGUCCCAUUGACGGUGUAUGGGAAUUGUGGGGCACUUGGGGAGAGUGCAGCGUCACUUGCGCUAAUGGCACACAAUGGCGUGACAGGGGCUGUAUCGGCCCCUUUUACGGAGGGGCAAACUGUAGUGGACCUACAAAUAGCAGUCAGGACUGCUACCCGAGGCCAUGUCCAGUUGCCGGUGUUUGGGAGAGUUGGGGAAACUGGGGCAUGUGCAAUGUCACGUGCGGAGGCGGAGAACAAAUGCGGUCACGUGAUUGUCAUGGCCCUUUCUAUGGCGGCGAGGAUUGUCAAGGCAGUAAUGACGAUUUCCAGGUCUGCAACGAGCAAGAAUGUCCAAUCGACUGUAUCUGGCUGGACUGGUCUGACUGGGAUGAAUGUAGCGUGACCUGUGGUGGAGGAAACCACUCGCGGUACCGAGAUGAAUAUGGACCGUUCUACGGGGGACCGAACUGUACCGGCCCGGACCAAGAAACCAAAGACUGCAGCACUCACUUCUGUCCAGUGGACGGCGUUUUCACAUCCUGGAGUGACUGGUAUCAUUGUAACGUAACUUGUGGAGGUGGCAUCCAGUGGCGUAAUCGCACGUGCGACGGUCCCUAUCAUGGCGGGACAGACUGUCUGGACGACUAUGAGAGUUCCAGAGACUGCAAUAUGCAGGAGUGUCCAAUCGACGGCAUCUUUACCGAUUGGUCAGACUGGUUUUCGUGUAACGUCACGUGCGGUGGUGGAGAAAAGUGGCGAAAUAGAUCAUGUGAUGGACCUUUUCAUGGUGGAGCGGACUGUGAAGGCAAAUAUGAGGACAACACCGAGUGUAACACACAGGAAUGCCCGAUUGAUGGUGUGUUUAUGGCAUGGAUGGAGUGGGGCCAGUGCAAUGUGACAUGCGGCGGAGGCGGUCGUUACCGUUACAGAGACUGUGACGGUCCCUACUAUGGUGGUGCUAACUGUUCCGAUCCCUGGGUCGACUACCAGGACUGUAACACACAAAACUGCCCUGUCGACGGUUUCUUUCUGGAGUGGACUAUGUGGGGUCCAUGCAGUACCACGUGUGGAGGAGGGAGCCAGAUACGGACACGUCAGUGUAAUGACCCACUGUACGGUGGUGCUGAUUGUGUGGGCGAAUACAACCAGACACGUGAUUGUAACAUGCACAACUGUCCUAUCAAUGGUAUCUGGCUGAGCUGGAGCGAUUGGGGCGAAUGUAGCGUCACCUGUGGCGGAGGACUGCAAAACCGGAACCGGACAUGUGAUGGUCCAUAUUAUGGCGGCAAUCCAUGUCAAGGAGUUGAUAACGAGGAUCAAAUUUGUUCAACGAACUUGUGUCCGAUUCCGGGAGAAUGGAUGGAUUGGUCCUCUUGGAGCAUGUGUUCUACGACGUGUGGUGGUGGUGUGAGGGAGAGAUCUCGUUUGUGUAACGAGACCUCAUAUGGCAAUCUGACAGCACCUUGUCUCAACAGCAAUGUGUCCUCAGAAGCUUGCCACACUUAUGCAUGCCGGCCAUUCGCGAGACACUGCAGCGAUCUUGCUGUUCGGGGGCUAAUUGACUCAACCUUUGUUGAAAUACGCCUGUCAGACGUUGAACCUGGAGAAGAGGAUAUCGGUUAUGAAGUGUUCUGUGAUAUGGAACUGGAGAAUGGCGUCGGGGUCACAAUCCUUGAACAUAGCGAGAUGCGCACCCACUUUGUGAGCGGUUACGAGGGCGCUGGGUCGUAUAGGAUUAUUCCCGAAUAUGGUAACGGAAAUCCGUACAUGCCGUUUGCGGAAGCGGCCAUGAUGGUUGAUGCGUCGGCUAAUUGUUCUCAGUACGUGGAGUGGGAAUGUAAGGGCGCAGUCAUCCACAACCCAUACAGCUCCCAGUUAUAUCCGAGUUAUACCACCUACUUCAUCAACAGAACUAGUCACAGGUCUUACGACGCUUCCGCCGCCGCCAGCUACUUCCCAGGUGGAGAACCCGGAAGCCACAUGUGCGCAUGCGGAAUGGAUCACAGCUGCGCUGGAGGCCCAGAAGACAGGUGUAACUGUGACAUCAAUGACAACACUAUUAGAAAAGAUUUUGGUAACAUAACAUACAAACCCGAUCUUCCUCUACGAGCGUUCUGUGCUGGUGACACAGGAGAUGAACGAACAGAAACAGGAAACGCGACGGUAGGGCCUUUGAUAUGUUUUGGAAUAUCUUCAUAA